UCACUUUUUCCCGCCAUGCCAGGCCUUCUCGCGCUCCCCCCCGAACUGCUCGAGGCAGCCUUCUUGCUUCUACCCCUACGCGGACUCAUGGCACUGUCUGCCACCAGCCGCUUCUUCCACGCCUUCCUCUUGUCGUCGCCCGCACUCCAGUUCCGCUGGCACGCGCUCUGUUUCGGCGUGGGUGAGGAAUACGCACACGGCACCCCAUUCGCGGAACGGCUGGCGAGGCUGGUUGAGCGGGAGCGGCGGUGGCUCAACGUGCAGCCGCUACACACUGCCACGCUCGAUGCAAAGGGACUGGACCCCGGCGGCGCGUCAUUCGGGAUGACGACAGCGGGAGUGGUCCGCAUCGACGGGUGGCUGGGGGAAGCGCAAGAAGUGCGUUGGACAAGCACAAAGCUCGCAUCGGCGGUUGGCGCGGGGGAGCAGAAGCUGGACGGUCAAGGGCUAUUGGCGCAUUGCGCGUCAGAGGGCGAUGAUCUGAUGGUUUUCCUCGAAUGCACACCGGAAGCCUCCGGUAACCUCUCUAUGCGUGUCCGGUUCCUUCAGCUGUCGACAGGUCGUCCCCACCCUGCGGCCGCAGAGCCAACAUGUGAAUUCCUGGAGUACUUCCGGACAACCCCGCACCUUGACGACAUUGACCUCCCCACGGCACUGGCAAUUUCAGGCCACGUGAUUGCGGCUGUCGUUCCUCCGGACGAGGAGGACCCUGAAACCGAGCCAGGGUUGCUAUUCGUCCUCGACUGGAAGACAGGCGAGUACCUCAUGAGCCCUUACCGGUGCCCAAGCGCCACCAUUGCUUUCCUUCGCCCCGACACCCUGCUCGUCGCGCACCUCCCCUGGAACCGUCUCGACGCGCUGCUCAUCCCUGCGUCUGGCGGAAAUGCAGCCCGCGUGGCCAGCUUCAUGCUCCCGGAGCUGAAGAGCGAAAUGGACAUGGGCGAGGAAGACACAUUCGUGCUGUGUCCGACCAGCGACGCCGCCGACGCGCUGAUCCUGCUGACGUACGUCGUCGAUCACGUGCCCGACCACGCAUAUCAGCCGACCGCGCUCCUCCGCCGUGCAGCCCUGCUCGAACUUGUCGACAGCGCCCGCUCCGCCCGCCGCUUUGCCCCGCACGAAUGGCUGCCGCUCGCCGCAUGCUGGCUCGACGCGGGCCCCGAUGUGAUCCGCCUCGCGGACUCGGGCCAGCGGGUCGCGGUUUUCGCCGUCGACGCGGUGGCGCUCGUCGACGCGAACCCGUGGACUGUGGAGCUCGUACGCCGGGCCGCAGAGGCCGAGCCUGGGGACGGGGACGGAGAUAGCCCGCCGAUGUGGCGCCGCCUCGGUGUUCUGCCCGGCGUGGCGGACGACGGGACGCUGCGCACCGAGGGCGGGGGCUGCGCUGCGGCUCGUACGGCCGGGCGCCGCGCCCCGGGAGAUCGAUGCGUUCCACGCGUUUGUGGACCCGCCCACGCAGUUGGCGCUGGGAUACGUCGUGAUCACGGCGCCGGUCUUGGAGGGGUCCGCGUUCUUGCAUUUGAAUAG